AUGGGGGUGCAUCUCGCGCUGCGCAUGCUGCUGGAGGAGGAACGCGAUGGUGGCAACUUGUUAUGCUGGGGAGGAUGGUUUGGGCGGCGGCGUGUGCUAUUGGAGGAGGGAGGUGGGGACAACGGCGUGUUUGCCGGGGUGGGCAGUGGGGACGGUGGCACGGUCGCCGGGGUGGGAGGCGUGUUUGCAGGAGCCAUCAUCCCUGCUUCUGUCGACGUCGCUAGUGUUCCAACCAUUCAGAGCAAUGGGCAGCAGGCCUGGCUUCUUGGGAGGAUGUUGAACCAUAGGGAUAUGUCCGAGGAGAUAGACUUCAUCCUCGCCGACGGCACUGGAGCCAUUUAG